AUUCUACUCUUCUUCUCCUUUCUUCCCGCUGUAGCCACUCGAAAGAAAAAAAAAGGGAACCCAGCCUUUGAGAAAAUGGUGAGAAAGCUUGGUUUUCUCCUUCUUUUCUUGCUCUAGAACACUUCUAGAACCCAGAAAUCUCUCCCCCUCUGUUGGAAAAUCCGGAUCUGCCCUAUUUUGCUCUGUCCUUCCACCGGCUGCUCCUGCUUUGUGGGGGCGAAUUGCUCGAUUUUUUGUGGUGGCGGGACUAAACUCGUUUUACACGAGCAUGACUGAUUUGAAGUGAAAUGUUUAUAUUUUUCAUUAAAUUGAGCAUGCCUACUUGAAAGUGAUUAUGAACUGUCCUGAUGAUCUGAAAGUGAUUGUGAAUUGUGAUUUUCCUGUUAACUUCUGCAUGUUUUGUCUCCGAUGUGGUCAUGUUAUUCGUGACCCUGCUAGUGGGGGAGGUUAUAAACGCUAGCACAUGUCGACAUGUAGUGAUAGAGCCGGUUCGUUCAACCCAGCUAGUGGGGGUUAUACACCGGCAAAUCGUGGCCCUGCUAGUGGGGAUUAUACACUGGCCGUGACCUAUAGAGGAGACGUCUAUUUCGUUCCUGUACUGUAUCCGAUUUGCGUGAUUGCACAUAUUGGCAUGCUAUAAGUUUAAUAAUGGGCACUCCAUAUUUUACUUACUGAGUUUAUCUCAUAGUUUUUCCUUGUCCACCAUUUCAGGAAGUGAAACCGAGGACGGGAAAACCACGGGAAGUGACGAGUUAGAAGGCUAGCCAUAUUGUAAUUGGUUAUAGAUUUUCAAAAUAAAUCAUGAUCUUGUAAGCUAGAGUGUAUUUGGAGAUUUAUGAUCGGAGAAAUCUUAUAAUUUGAUCUUCAGAUUUUGAUGGUAUCAUAUUGUGGUGUGAUAAGUUCCGAGCCUUGUGCAUUUGUGGGACCCAUCUCACGAGUGCACGGCGUCUGUCGCGUCUCGAAAUUGGGUUU